UUUCUCAUACCAUUAAUGAAGGAUAAUUUUGUAAACCAACUUAUAAUUUCUCUUUUCCAUACAACAUUAAUUAAUUACAUUUCUUAACUUGUGUAAUUUGACCAGUAACUUACUCCGUCCCAAAAUAUAAGCAAAAAUGAGUCAAAGAAACUUGAUGUAUUUGGUUAAAGAUUUGGACCAAAUACAUUCACUUUUGUUGACCAAUUUUUGCUUAUAUUUUAGGACGGAGAGAGUAUUUUGGAACGGAGUAGUAUUGUUUUCUCCUUAAAUUAUUAUUAAUUUGGGGAUGAGUAGUAAUAAUGAGAUGCAGCAUAAUCUCGUAGCAUCUUAGGUAUCUUCUGUGAGAUCCCAUUCCAUUGGCAGUCCCCACUUGUGAUGUUCUUUGUUUCUUCUUUCAACAUAAAUAACUUGUUCUUUCACUACCACUCUCAUUCAUCACACACACACCCGCAACUCCACCAACUAUUACAAUACCAAAGAUGAACGUGUUACAGAAUUCUCCCCAUGCCCAAGCUCUAGCCUUCAACAACAUCAGCUUGGAUUUCUUCAACAAUUUUUGGGCAUGGCUCGCCGUCAUCUUCUGGAGGAUCCGAACCCCCAAACCCGAAUUACUUAAGGAGGUGUUGGAGCCUUGUCAUGAUGAUGAUGAUGAUGAUGAUGAUAAUGGUGGUCGUCCGACCACGUGUGUUCACAGUGUCUCUGAGGAUGUUGUCGGAAUCACGAAGGGAAAGAUGAAGUUUACCUCGUAUUAUUACGAGGAUGAUCAUCAUGAUCAUGAUGACAUUGAAAAUGAAUGCAAGAAGAUCGAUGAGACGUUACCGGAGGAAUUAUUGGGAUGGUGGGAGAGAUGGGAAAAGUUGUUGAGGACAAGAACGGGAGAAAACGAGAAUGGUUGGUACAAGUGCCAAGAUUUAACAGUGUUUAAUGGCAACGUUGUUAGAUUUUGGGAUGAUGCCGAUCGAGAAAGCUGGUAAUAAUAGUAAUCACUAAUUAGAUGGAUUAGAUAGAAUAAUACUAGACUCGAUCAGAAAUAUAAAUCACGUUAUUAUGUGGUGUAUUAUUUGAUUGGGUUGUUAUUGAAAAUUGUAUAUACAUGGUACUGGUACUGGGUUAAUUAAUUUGGAUGAUGUAUUAUAUCAUGAUCGGUUGAUAUAUAUAUACUACUACUAGUAAUCCUUAUGAAAAGAAAAACCUCAUUCAUUAUGCUUUUGGUCUCAAAUUUGUAACUCAGAAUGUUAAUGUAGAGCACAGCACAACAACUCAUUAGUUCUGCGCAAAUUAUCCUUUUGAUUAUCAACCAUAUGUAUAUAUCCUAGUGGUCACAAAUAAUGAGACAUAUAUGGUACCAUGAUCAAGUGGACAUUGCUAAUUAAAUUUUGCCCGAAUAACACAAACUUAUGCUGUUCGAAAAUAACCAAUAGGAUAACCGCAUCUCUGCAUCAAUGGUAGUAAAUGAAAACAAAAUUUGAGUAAUAUAUUCCGGGAGGAUCAUUGAGAAUAUGCCAAUAUAUACUAGUUAGGUUUAUGGGUCCAAUAAUUGUCCAAUAGAUUUGUGGAUUGCCUUGUUGGGUCCGGUGGAAGAUCAUCUACAUUGAGCUCAGAGCAAUGAUACAAGUGAGUUGAACCUCACACUUUUAUCCAAAAUCUUGAAGUAUGAUGUUUAUGGAUCAUGUGUUCAACCUUCUCUUUAAUUUGUAAGUAAUGUGAAACUUAACUCACGUCAUACUUGCCACAACAUGUCUUUCACAUGUAGCAUAUAUGCAUCCAACCCCGACCCAAAAGUUUUGUCCGAUGACAAAUAUCAUUUGAAACUCAUACAUAACUUUGAGUUUCCAAGUUUAAAUUUUAACAAAAUACUUGGUCUAAUAAUAUGAAUAUUAGCAUCGUAAAUAAGUCCUAUAUAUUUAAGCUUUAGAAGAUGCGAAAAGGUAAUGAAUUGAAGUUAAACAAUUGUUGUGGGCAAUUUUGUUGAUGUGUGGUGAAUAUUGAAGUUAAACAAUGAGUAUCUUU